AUGAAUGCCGAUUAUGAAGGAUCCAAUCAAAUUUAUGCUCAGGUGUGCUCUGCCCUGGCCCAAGGCAUCGACAAAGAUCUGAGCUCGGAUAGUAUACUAGAUCUUGACUUAAAAGAACCUAUUGACCAACAAUUUUUAAGGAAACAAAAGAGAGUUUCUCUUCCAACUUUAGGAACAAUAAAGCUUGAAAAACUUUCACAAAUGAGUUUCAGAGAGAUUAAAUCCUUCCUUAAGGAUGGCUUUCCCAAGAAGCUAACUUGUCUAUCACUCAAUUCUCUUAAACCAUCGACAAUUGGCCCUUACUUGAACUGGCUCAAAUCAGUGAGUUAUCAAGUGCUUUCAAAAAUAGAAAUCACUAAUUUUGAAAUUAGUGAACUCCAAAGCAGGAAAAUUUUCAGAGCUUUCAGACAUGUAGAAGCUAUUGAAUUUGUUAGCUGUGAAUUCAGUUUUCCUCGAGUUCCCGAUUUCUCCAAAGCACUUGUAGAGACAAGCAUCAAUACACUUUACUUACUGAAUUGAGAGGACUUCUAUAAGUCCGAUUGGGUUGGAAAUCCAUGAGAAUUUGAUAACCUAAUCACAGGUCUCUCCAGGUCAGAUCUCCAGAACUCUCUUCAAUUAGUUGAUUUUGGAGAAUCUUCAUUGGACAAAACCUUUAUCAGUGAUAUUUUCGAUAAGUAUCGACUAGAGCAUGUUAAGAUCAAAGGAAGUUUUAACUUUAGUACAGAGUGUUUAUAUCCAGAUUGUGACUUAAUGUCAGAAUUAGACUCUAUCGAUGAUUAA